AUGGAGGAAGCCGAUCGAUUUAUACCAGCAGAGAAAGAAGAGAAAGUCAACCCAGAAGUUCCAUCAUCUGAGCAUCUUUGCUAUGUUCGCUGCAACUUCUGCAGCACUGUUCUUGCGGUUGGGAUUCCAUGCAAGAGGCUGCUGGAGACUGUGACAGUCAAAUGUGGUCAUUGCAAUAAUCUCUCCUUUCUCAGCACCAGACCUCCCAACCAAGGCCAAUGUCUUGAUCACCACCAACUGAGUCUUCAGGGAGAUGCUAGUAGUGAAAAGCGGUUAUUCAAGGAGAAGCAAGGGUCCUGGACUGAUUUCAGAAAUGGCGAAUCCUCAUCCUCUUCGACAUCUUGCCAGCCACUGGUGCCCCACGAGAUACAGCGUAUCAAAGCUGCCAAUCCUGAGAUACCACACAGAGAAGCUUUUAGCACUGCAGCUAAAAAUUGGGCUAGGUUUGUACUUUACAAGGGAAAUCAGAGGCGUGAAGAGGGCAUCGCUGGCUCUAGAGAGCAGUUUUUCAUGUCUCAUACUUUCUAA